CUGUUUACUGGUAUAUUCAGCGCUUUCAGAACUUCACCUGGGCCUAACCAACGAAUCUCCCAGCUGCUGCGUUCUGCCACUCACCCAAAAACGUUCUCCUAUGUCGAUCAGCUUACAAAUUAUCUGAAAAACAACUUCAUAUUGCAUGAACCCGGAAGAUUCCUGAUUGUUCCGAAACCAUACGGUGUAUCCUGCGUGGGCGAACCUCAAAAAGAUGGAGGUGUGUUUGAAGACAGCGUCCACAACAAGAAAGAUCAGGAUGAGAUGCCUGUGAAGAAACUAGUGGACCAAAGUGUUACCAUUGCGGAAUGCAUACCAGGACUGGCUCGAAUGUUCAACGAACCCAAGUUAAUGUUCUGCACUGGACUAAAAAGGUAUUUCUUCAGCAGACUUCCUACCUGUGCACUAUGA